CGUCCCCAGCAAACAUGUCGUGAAUUGCGCGAGAGAAUGUUGUGCGAGGCCAAGACAGCGCGUGAAAAUAUUCUACAGUUGCAGUUGUUGGAAGGAAAAAAGUUUAAGGAAACAAGAAAAUAUUUGCAAAAUUCAUGAGUUCAAGUGAAUUAAACUUCAAUGAAAUGAAGGCAAUUUUAUAAUUUUACAAAGCAGUGCUUAAAAAGUGUGCGAAUUAGCAAGAAUCUUGUGUAAGGUGCAAGUUUAUGUUAUUACGCCAAGGAAUCGCAUAAAAUGUGACCCAAUUUGUAGUGUGUGCGUGUGUAAUGAAGGUAAGAGGAAAUGAUAGUGGAAGUGGAAAUUGAAGUGGAACUGAUUGUACGAGCGCAUCAACCACAACAACAACAGCAACAUAGCGAAUGAACAUAGAAAACAUAAAAUACAAUUGAGAGAAUAAAUGCUAUAGCGUGAGUGUAAGUCUACCCAAGAGCGCUAUCAAAGUAACACGAGCGCACUCGUCGAGUGGGUUGUGCCACUGACAGCCAGCAAUAACAGCAACAAACGACAACAAAACACGGUAUAUUUUCAAUAGCAGCCUAGCCUCUGACGGCUGUAUUAUUUCGCGUCCUUCAUUUAUUUACGCCAGUGGAAAUAUGAAGAUCAAUGCAAAAAUGGCCACCCCUAUAGAGGAAAAGGUUGAUCAAAACUUAAAGAUCCGCACUGGUAUGGUAAAUGUCAGUGAUGGCAAAAGUAAACCAGAACCACUUAGACUGAAUUUAACUAUGGAACUGGUUACGUUACAAAGGUUAGAGGUCGUUACACCAACAAAUCCUCACAAUGGACCACCAAUGGAAUCAAAGGAGCGCAUGGUACAGAUUACGCGUCAAAAGCAAGGCGGCCUUGGUCUAAGCAUAAAAGGUGGUGCCGAGCAUAAAUUGCCCAUUUUAAUAUCGCGCAUCUACAAGGAUCAAGCGGCGGAUAUUACAGGCCAACUAUUUGUUGGCGAUGCGAUAAUUAAGGUGAAUGGCGAAUACAUCACAGCCUGCCCGCACGAUGAUGCGGUGAAUAUAUUGCGUAAUGCCGGCGAUAUUGUUGUGCUGACGGUGAAGCAUUACCGUGCGGCGACGCCAUUCCUGCAAAAGCAACUUGCCAAGGAGACACCCGAUUCGGACAAUGAUGCAACAUGUGCGGAAUUAAAGGCUGACGAAGGCUACAAGUCCUCGGUAAAUAAUGGCACAAUAAGUCGCAGCUGUAGUCGCCCGAUGUCGAUUUGUUCGGAACCGGAAAAGAAAUGGGUGGAUGUGGUGGCAGUGCCGCUGAUGAUGGCCUACGUAACGCGCUAUAUCUACGGCACGGAUAAGUUACGCCCCAAUGCGUUUGAAGUACGCGGCCUUAAUGGCGCCUCGACUGGCAUAAUACACUGUGAUGAUUUGGCCAUUCUCAGUCAAUGGCUUAAAUUGAUAACCGAUAAUGUUGUUGGAUUGACACAUUUACAAAUGAAGCUUUAUAAUCGCAAUUUUGCCGUAGGCGAGCGCAUCGAAUACAUGGGCUGGGUGAACGAGGGUGUUAUUAACAACAAUAUCUCCUGGCAAAGCUACAAACCACGUUUUCUAGUAUUAAAAGGCACUGAAGUGAUGCUUUUUGAAACGCCACCGUUAAAUGUCGCCGGUUUGUCGAAGGCACUGGUGGCCUACAAAGUCUAUCAGACGAUGUUUCGUGUCGUGAAGGAAUCGGAAACGGUGGAUAGUCGUCAGCACUGCUUUCUGUUGCAGAGUUCCGGUCAUGAGCCACGUUAUCUGAGCGUCGAGACGCGUCAGGAGCUGCUGCGCAUCGAAAAUAGCUGGAAUGCGGCCAUAGUGACGAGCGUAAUUAAAUUGGGCCGCAAAACUUUCGCCGUCUCACAUCAUGGCAAGAGUGGCGGUCUAACUUUGGACUGGCAGUCGGGUUUCUCGCUGGCGGAAGGUGCCGACUCGGCCAUCGUAUGGCAAUAUAAAUUUUCACAACUGCGCGGUUCCAGCGAUGACGGCAAAUCAAAAUUAAAACUACAUUUUCAGGAUCAUGAAACGCGCGCAAUUGAAACAAAAGAACUGGAAUGUCAAGUGCUGCAAAGUUUACUCUUUUGCAUGCAUGCCUUUUUGACCGCCAAAGUCGCCUCAGUUGAUCCGGCGUUUCUAAGUUCUAUACAGCAAACCUAAAAUCGGCGCACUGAAAACAUAUAAACAAACAACGCGGAUGAAAUUCGUGGCGCCACGCAUACUUAAAAAGCGAAAAUGUGCUACAAAUGUGGCAGAAGGAAAUUUAUUAUUGUAUUGAACAAUUCAAACGACAAGUAGGUACUUAAAAAAUUACAAACUAACUAAAACAAAAAAAUAAAAAAUAUGAAAACAAAAAAACAUGAAGAAAGAGAAAUAUUUAUAACUGAUAUUAAAGAAAAUUAGCUUAAAAUUUAUACUUAUACUUUGGCAUAUAACACUUAUAGAUAUUUAAAACAAUUACGAUACUUAGUAUGAAUAUAUUGGCAAGCAUGGCAAAUACGUGUGUGCAAAAAUUAUAUAAUAUAAUAUAAAUCAUAUUGAAUAUAAACGUCUGAAGACAUUGAAGUCUUAUAUGCGAUAUAUAGAUCUAAAUGCUACAAAGGACACACAUACAUAGUUCUAUUCAUAGAGAUCUGCUGAUCGGCAAGCAAAUGUUGGUGCAAGCGCGUAAGUUAAGCGGUUACCGCUAACUUUUUCCCAUUAUUAGUCAUUGUUAAUCAUUACUAUUAGCUUCUUAUAAUUAAGGUAUGUAAUUAAUAUAGUUAAAUAAUGUCAGCUCUACGGAUGCAAGAAAGUUUAUUUUCUACUUUUGUUUAGCACAAGAAAAACUUAUGCACCAAACAAAUGUUUAAUCCUAUGAAAAUACAUAAUUAUAUAUAUACAUAUGUACAUAUUAAUGGUUCAAUGCUUCUAAAGCUCUGUUAUUUUAAAGAAAAUUUAACAUAAAACUGAAAUUUUAUAUAGAAAGAUAUAAUUAUCCUACCAUUUGCCUACUUUCAGCUCUUUGAGACCCAUUAAAUAUAUAGUAUAAGGUGCAGAGUGAAAAGUAUUGAAUUUUAUGUAAAUUAAUCAAUGAAUUUGCAAAAAGUGGAUUCACAGUAGUAAAUUGAAGUCAAAUAUUAUUUUAAAAAAUAUACUGCAUGUUAAAUUUAAGCAUCAAAAUGUUCUCUAUUCCCCGAACAGUUACUUCCUUAUAUUAUGACUGGCAUACAUCCAAAAUUGUUAUUCAUUUUUAUAGUACCAAAAUGUUUAUCUGAGAAAAAGAAAAGCAAAUCUGCGAAUAGCUAUAAAAUUUAUUUCACAGAGUUUAAAAAAAAUUGGACUCAUUUUUAUUGAUAAUAAAUUAUUUUAAACCAGCGUAUAUUUAGAUUGACACGAAGUUUAUAAUGCCCAAAAGGAAACGUCGUAGAUAUAAGCCAUGUCCGUCUGUCUGUAUAUACACAAACUAGUCCCUCAGUUUUUAGAUAUCGAUCUAAUAUUUGCACACCUAUUAUUCUCCCCAAGAGGCUGCUAAUUCUUCGAUACAAUACAAACAAACUAAUCGAUCAAAAUGAAUUAUAGAAAUUAUGUAUUUGAUUUGACAAGAUAUUUUCUCAAAAUGUAAUAUAAAUCAAGGCACAAUCACUGACCAAAUUUAAUCAAAUCUCUAUAGCAUGUAGCGGUCACCGAAAAAACUAUAGCUCUUAUGUUGAGGAUAGGUUAGGUUAAAAUGACCAGCUAUCAUAGAUCUACUGGUCUUAAGUAAUUACAGAUGGAAAUUUAAUUUAAAUUUUUUAUGAAGUUAACUCUUUUAUAGCGAACUUUAGCUCUGAAAGAGCGACUAGAUAUCUACAAUAAAUACAAUACAAUACCUGGUUGUUCAAUAAGUUUUAUCUUUUGAUAAGAAAAACACAAUUUUAUGAUAUAAAAUUCACUUCAGUAUUCAGUAUAAUCCCCCUGCAUAUUAAUAGACUUGCUCCUACGAUCUUCCAAUGUGUGGAUCCCAUCGCUAAAGUAAUCCACAAACAAAAUUCCUCUCGCAUCCCAAAAAACUGAUGUCAUAACCUUCUUGGCCGAUUUCCGGACACGAACUCAUUUCGAAGCCGCACAAUCAGGUUCAUACCACUUUUUAGCCUCUUGUUUUAACUCAGGAUCAUGGUGAUAGACCCUAGUCUCAUCUAUACUGAUGAAUCGACGCACAAAAUCCACUUUAUUCUCUUUGAAACGCUCUAAAUGUUGCUGAGAAAGUCGCAUACGAAGAUUUUUUUGUUCAAUUGUUAGCGAAAGCGGCACCUAUUGUGCACACAGCUCUCUAAAAUUCAAAAUUUCACUUAAAAUAUGGCUCACACUGUCUAAUGAGAUAUGUAUAGCUUCUACCAAAUCUCUCUUAGUCAAUCGGCGAUCUUUCAAAACCAUAUCCUAUAAUUUGGCUAUGAUUUCUGGUGUUGAUGCGCUUUUUGGAUGUCAUUCACGUGGAUCAUCUUCAAGGCUUGUACGACCACGUUUAAAUUCAGCAACCCAUCUUUCUGCUGUUCUAAUUGUAGGUGAACAAUCAUUAUACACUUUCAACACUCGUUUAUGAAUUUCUUGUGAUGCUACACUUUCUAAAAUAAGAAUUUUAUCACUACACGAUAUUCAAUUUUUUCCAUUGUAAAAAAAUACUGUGACACGGCGACACUUAAUGGCUUGUAGACAAAUCAUCAAUAGACAGGUUAAAAUGAAACUUCACUUACGUGCAUAUAGUGCACCAAAAAACAAAAAAACUUUGGGCUAGUAGCAACCCACUUUUUUAUUGAACAACAAAACUUAUUGAACAACCUGCUAUAAAGCAUGCUCUUGCACAUUAAAUAUGUUUAUGCUCAAGACAUGCCAUUUAGCGCUGAUCCAAUUGUCCAUCCUUUCGAAAAUUUCAUUGUAUAUCGUUUUUAAAGACUACUGUAAUUCCUGUAUUAGCUCUGUAGCCAGACAGAUGGCACUUUUGGCAAUCUUGUAUAGAUGUGCUUUUUAUUUGUUAAGGGUAUUAUAGUUUCUGUGCAAUCGACGUAUAUAUAUGUUUUUUUAUAGUUUUACUAAUAAUAAAAAGCAUAAAUAUAUCAUUUCUUGAAUAGUAAAAUCAAGGGUAAAUAGGCGUUUAUCUGUCGCUAUAUUGUAGUGGUCGAAGUUCAUUUUUCUAAGGCGCAGGAUGCGAAUACUAGUUUCCAAACAACAUCAAAUAAAUGUUCUUCGAAGGACAAUUACUAUGCGCAAUAUAUUGAUGAACCUUCUAGCAUAUUUUUGUAAUGAAAAGUCGAAUGCAUCAUGUAAGGACUCAGUAGCCAUUCGGAGAUGGCUUUUUUUGUAGGUGUAUAAUAUUCUUACAGUCAAGCGGUUAUCACACUUAUUUCAAUACCAUAAAAAAAUUUAUAAGUAUAUUUUAUGAUAUAAAGUCGCUAAGCAUAUACGCAUAAAUAUAUCACAGCGUUAAACUUUUCUUCACUCACAGGAAAGUAACUGAUUUGGGGGAAAA